AUGUGCAAGCAAUUAUCAUCACUCUUGCUUGCAAUGCUUGUGGUUGCUCUGCAUGUGACAACAAUUGUGGCAGCUGUUGAUGCUACACUAACACUGGGAAAAGACCCAAUUUUCGAGCUAUUCAUGCAUGACAUACUUGGGGGCAGUAGUCCUACAGCUAGGCCGAUCACCGGCUUGCUAGGCAACAUCUACAGUGGCCAAGUGCCCUUCGCUAGGCCGAUUGGCUUCCUUCCCCUACAAGGCGGGGUAGCCAUCCCCAAUGCCAAUGGUGCCACCCCAACCAUUAAUGCCAAUGGCAUCCCAUUGGGAACUGGCUUGGCCGGCACGACUUUUGCAGGGAAUUCCAACAAUAAUGGCAACAACGCGGCGGCCACCCAAUUGGGACCAGACGGUUUGGGACUAGGAUUUGGGACAAUCACUGUCAUUGAUGAUGUGCUGACCUCUGCUCCGGACUUGGGGUCACAGACAUUGGGGAAAGCCCAAGGGGUCUAUGUCGCGAGCUCUGGAGGUGGGACGAUGCAGAUGAUGGCAUUCACGGCUGUGAUGGAGGGAGGGGAAUAUGGUGAUAGUCUGAACUUCUUUGGAGUGUUCAAGAUUGGGAGUGCCAUGUCGCGCCUCUCAGUGACCGGAGGGACUGGCAAGUUUAAGAAUGCUUGUGGAUUUGCAGAGGUGCGCGCGCUCAUAGCACCUGGUCAGCAUGUCACUGAUGGUGCAGAGACGUUGCUGAGGAUCACUGUCCACUUAAACUACUGA